AUGAGUGACGUUGAAGAAAUAGCUCAUGCCAUCGCUGGUGCUGGUGGUGGUGCCUUAUCGAUGAUUGUAACUUACCCGCUUGUUACUUUAUCAACACUCGCGCAAACCACCCAGAAAAAGAAGAAGCUUGAAGAAAAUGGCGCUUUAGCUGGGAAAGAUACUAGCUCAGUAUCUGCAAAGGAUGCGAAGGAGAUCCAUUACAAGCUCGUGAGUGCCAUCGUGAAAUCGUCGCUGUAUCAGGCUGCACAAACAAUUAUCCAAGAGAAGGGUGUAUUAGGGUUGUAUUCAGGUUUGGAGAGUGCGUUGUAUGGAAUAACUUUAACCAACUUCAUAUACUACUACUUCUAUGAAUUGACAUCGAACGUCUUCCUUAGGGCUAACUCGACUGGCGCUCGCAAGGGGAAAGGGUUGUCUACUUUGCAGUCUAUAGCAACCGGUGCUGUUGCUGGUGCUCUUACUUGUGUAGGGUCUAAUCCAUUCUGGGUUGCAAACACUCGUAUGAUGACCAACAAGAAAAAGUCCGAUGGAAAUGGUCACGACGAACCUACCAGCUCUACAUUUGCUACUUUGCUUGAUAUUGUUCAAACUGAUGGAUUUGGAACUUUAUUUGCCGGUGUAUUCCCAGCGCUUGUAUUGGUUUUAAAUCCAAUUAUUCAGUAUACCAUCUUUGAACAAAUCAAGAAUGCCAUUGUGGCCAAGACGGGGAAAAGCUCCUUCACUCCAGUUAAGGCAUUUUUCAUUGGAGCUUUUGGGAAAUUGAUAGCUACUACUUUGACCUACCCAUAUAUCACUUUGAAGUCAAGAAUGCAUGUCAAGAAAAAGAAAUUGGCCUCAGAAUUGGGAGAAGAAAAGGAAAUCCAAUUAUCUAUGGUUCAAGAGAUCAAGAAAAUUAUUCACGAAGAAGGUCUUGACGGGUUGUACGGAGGAUUGAUUGUCAAGUUAAUUCAAUCAAUUAGCACUGCAGCUUUUUUGUUUUACUUCAAGGAAGAGUUGUUAGUUGGAAGUGUGAAAUUAGUGGAAUUAUUUAGGUUUUUGCGGGUUAAGAAGCAGAUUCAAGGCAAAUAG